GCGCUUUCGUUUCUCGUGAGCUCCUCUCCUCGCUCUGUGCCGAAAAACAAAAAACAAAACUUCGCCGGUGUUGAUGUUGAUUCAAAACUACUCUUUCGUUGCAAAUUUUCCGCCUUUUACUGAUUAAAUUGCAACUUACUGGUUCUUCGCUAAGGCUUCAGAAAUGUCGGAGACCAGCGGACUGAACAACGCCGUGAACUCAGACCUGAGGAAAAUAAUCGCAGAUUCCAACAUUCUGGUUGUCGGUGCCGGAGGAAUUGGUUGUGAACUCCUGAAGAAUCUUGUUCUUGCAGGAUUUUCAAAGAUAGAUUUGAUUGACUUGGAUACGAUUGAUGUGAGCAACCUGAACCGCCAGUUCCUCUUCCAAAGGUGCCACGUUGGGAAAUCAAAAUCGUUGGCAGCCAAAGAGAGCGCCCUUCGCUUCAAUCCUCGAGCCACAAUCAACGCUUACCAUGACAGUAUCACAGGGAGCAAAUUUGGCGUGAGCUACUUCAAGCAGUUCGACCUUGUGCUGAACGCACUGGACAAUCGAGCUGCUAGAUCACAUGUGAACCGAAUGUGCUUGGCUGCUGGAAUUCCGUUGAUUGAAAGUGGAACUGCUGGUUACAAUGGUCAAGUUGAGGUAAUUAUGAAAGGCAUGACUGAGUGCUACGAAUGCCAGCCGAAGCAAGCCACCAAAUCCUACCCAGGCUGUACAAUCAGAAACACUCCCUCAGAGCCAAUCCACUGCAUUGUUUGGGCCAAGCAUCUUUUCAAUCAGCUUUUUGGAGUCGAAGACCCUGAUGAGGAUGUCUCACCCGACACUGCAGAUCCAGAGGCAGUUGGUGACGCUGGAAGCAGUGCUUUGAGUGGUGAAACAGCCAACAAUGGCAAUGUUGAAAGAGUUUCCACCAGGCAGUGGGCAAAGACCAACAACUACAAUCCUGAAAAGCUAUUUCAAAAGUUGUUCAACGAUGACAUCCAGUAUUUGCUCAGCAUGUCCAAGCUGUGGGAAAAGAGGAAAGCCCCUGUCCCUCUCAAGUGGGACGACCUUCCCAGUGAAGUUGCCGGAAGCAGCAAAGAGGACACAAGCCGCAGUUUGAAGGACCAGAUUGUCUGGAGCAUCGCCCAGUGUGGCAAUGCAUUUGCCCAGAGUGUGGAGGAGCUGCGAAAGAGGGUCGAAACGUCUCACGAAGAUUUGGUGUGGGACAAAGAUGACGAGGAAUGUCUCAAUUUUGUCGUCGCUUGCGCCAAUAUCAGAUCAUACAUUUUUGGAAUCUCUUGCCACAGCAAAUUUGAUAUCAAAGCCAUGGCUGGCAACAUCAUUCCUGCCAUUGCUACCACAAAUGCCGUCAUUGCUGGGCUCAUUGUGCUGCGAGCCUUCCAGGUGCUGCAGAAGCAGUUUGAAAAGUGCAAAACAGUCUACUUGCAGAACACAGUGAACCCCAGAGGCUUGAACAUUGUCCCUGAAGCCCACCUGAUUCCUCCUCACAAAUCCUGCUAUGUCUGUUCUGAAAAGCCGCAGGUUGUCCUCUACAUUAACACAGAGACGAGCAAAAUCUGCAAUCUGGAGGAAAUUCUCAAGUCCAGCCUGCACAUGGUGGCCCCAGAUGCAAUGCACGAUAGCAAUGUCGUCAUCUCCAGCGAGGAGGGGGAACUUGAUAAUGGGCAGAUGACGUUGAAAGAGGCGGGAAUUUUAGAUGGAGCUCUGCUCAAGUGUGAUGAUUACCUGCAGAACUACGAACUUACCCUCAUCAUCUAUCACUGUGAACCCAAGAAAGAUGAGCCACCUUUCAAGAUUGUUGCCAAUCCAGAUGAGCUCAAACCCAAGGAGGAUGAAAACCAAGAUGCAGCAAUGGAGUCAGAUGAUGUGGGAAUUUUGGAGGUCGAGCCAACAGAGGUGGAAACUCCAACUGCUCCCCGCAAAAGAAAGCUUUCUGGAGAGGCUGCUGAAAGUGUUGGCAGCAGCACCAAGAAGAGGCGUCACAGUGACCUUGAUGGGGACGUCAUCAUUCUGUAAGUUCACCACAAACAUCUCCUUCCAUCUCGCAUUUCUACAUUAAGAUUUCCUUCAACGGAUCGGCGUUUAUUGAAAAUUUAUACGCGUUAUUUUCAUUAAAGAAUCAUUCAAAGAGAAAUAAAUUAAAUUC